AUGCAGUUCAUCAGAUCCGCUCAUCAGCAAGGAGCCUCUUCGAUCCAAGGCAGCAAGACUUUUACUGGUACCGCGUACAUUGAUCCGGUUUUUGCGUCGGCCGACAACGGCGGCUGCUUCUGCGCAAACGUGACCUUCCUACCUGGUGCUCGGACCUUCUGGCAUACUCAUGAAAAAGGACAGAUCCUCUCGGUCACCAAUGGCGAAGGACUCAUUUGCACGGCCGGGGAAGAGCCCAAACGCCUUCGCGUUGGAGAUGUGGUUUACAUUCCGGGAGGCGAGAAGCACUGGCACGGAGCCACGGCGACCUCGAUAAUGACCCACAUGGCCAUAGCCAUGGGAGGCUGCGAAUGGCACGAGGAGGUCGACGCGGAGGAGUACGAGAAAAUCAACUCUUCAGGGUGA